CGUAAAUUUAUUAUUCAAAAAGUCAUAAUAUAAAUAAAAAAGGCGCGUUUUUACAAAAUAAAUUGUUAAAUGCAGUUUCAACAGACAAUCAAACGUAAACUGUUAAAUUUAUGUUGCACCUGCUUUAUAUUUUAUGUAAAUGUAUAACUUUAUAUUCAUGAAAGCACAGCUUUAUUUAAAAAAACAUUACUUUUACUUAGAAAAAUGAUGACUAUUUUUGACAACAUUUGUGUUUUUUCGCAUUAAUUUUCAUCUAUUCUUAUAAAAUUGUUACUUUUUCCUCAUAACUUUGAAACCGCUCUCAUUUAAUUUUGACCCUUUUGUCAAUUUUUUUUUACGUUUAUACAUUUUGUAUUUCGUAUAUUAUUUUACAAAUGUAUUCUCAUAAAAAUAUUAGAUUAACGUACUACUUAAUUUAAAAAAAGCUUUACUUAUUCCUUGUAAAAUUACAAUUUUAUAAAUGAUGUGACGUUUUCCUGUUUUACGACUGUUUUCCUGCUAUAUAUGUUUUCAUUAUUGUUGUGGAGGCCCUAAUACUCCGUCCUUGUUUGUUUGUACUGUAUUUUUCUAAACUUUCAAUAAAGGUUUAAAAAAAACUGGUAAACGUUGAUGCGCCCCCGCCUGGACGGAUGGGGUACUGCAGCCUCAGCUCGGCGGUCACGUCGCUGUUUACGGAAACGUUCUACGUCAGCACGUGUGCAGCUUCUGCUCCGUACGUGAGCCUUUGCAUGCUCGUUCCCAGACGAACAGAAGUCCGAGGCGGGUUCUGGAUCGUGUAUUCGUGUCUCCUUCCUCUCAAAAAGUCCACUUUCCUUUCAAGCGCAGCUCCGCGGGCGAUGAGGAUCCGCGCCUCCGGCCACCGAGGAGAAGCAGGAGGAGGUCAGGGCCUCACGUUGGAGGUCUGAGUGAGGCAGCGCAGAUUUCCAAACUUCUGUGGGCUUUAAAGUAAGGCGAAGCUGCUUUCAGCGUCGCGCGUGGCGAAAACAUGAUUCUGGGGAGCAUCCCCGCGAGGACAUGCAGAGCGUGGUUGCUCCGGGUUUCCCUCAGGCAGGAGCCGUGUUUCUUCUCCUCCGUGCCCCCGCAGCCUGUGCCUCCGCUGGCCCAGACUCUACAGGGAUACCUGAAGGCGCUGGAGCCCCUGUUGCCCCCGGAGGAGCUCAGUCACACCCGCAGGAUGGUGCAGGAGUUCAGCAGGCCGGGGGGGCUGGGGCCACACUUGCAGGAGGGGCUGGAGAGGAGAGCCAGACUCACCAAGAACUGGAUCACGGACUGGUGGGUGCAGUGGGCGUACCUGGAGAGCCGGCAGCCUCUGCCCGUUCACUCCAACCCGGCCAUCUCUCUGCCGCGGAGGGAUUACAAUGACUGGAGGAGCCAGCUGGUGUUUGCGUCCAAACUCAUCGCCGCCGUUCUGGACUUCAGGGCCAAAAUGAAAACGGCACAGCUCCCAGUGGAGUACAUGCGAGGGAAGCCUAUGUGCAUGGAGCUCUACCCGCUCCUCUUCUCCUCCUGCAGGAUCCCCGGCCCCAAACACGACUACGUCGCCCACUAUGGCAGCAGCCGCAGAUCGCCGACGCACAUCACCGUGGUCAGGAACUACCAGUUCUUCCAGCUGGAGGUUUACAACAGCGACGGCUCGCGGUUGACGGAGAGUCAGAUCCACGGUCAGCUGCUGAGGAUCCGGUCUCAGUCCUGGAAGACGGAUAAAGAGCCGAUGGGCAUCCUGACCAGCGAGCACCGCCACACCUGGGGACAGGCCUACAACCGCCUGCUGAGAGACAAACUGAACCAGGAGUCGGUGCAGAUGAUCGAGACCGGACUUUUCUCCGUGUGCCUGGACUCUCCGGUCAUGAGGAUAUCAGAUGAGAAGUACGCCAGCCGCAAGGCAGCGCAGAUUCUGCACGGGGGCGGGACUUAUUCCAACAGUGGGAACCGCUGGUUUGACAAAACUCUGCAGUUUGUGGUCGGCGAGGACGGCUCCUGGGGCCUCCUGUAUGAGCAGGCCACGGCUGAGGGCAUGCCCGUGACCUCCCUGCUGCAUCACAUCCUGGAGUACUGUGAGCAUCCUGAUCCAAAGAGAGCUCCGCUGGUUCCUCUGCCGAUGCCAAAAAAACUCUACUUUCACAUCGACCGCGAGAUCAAGUGGGACAUCGAGCAGGCCAAGCAGAACCUUGACAUAUUGAUCAAUGACCUCGAUGUCUAUGUCUUCAACUUCAAGAAGUUUGGAAAGGAACUUCCCAAAAAGCACAAUCUGAGUCCCAACUCCUUCAUCCAGGUCGCCCUGCAGCUCGCCUACUACAGAGUUCACAAUGAGGUCUGUCCGGCGUGCGACAUCGCCUCCCAGAGGUUGUUUCGAGGAGGACGGACGGAGUACAUCCGCUCACCCACUAACCAAGCACUAAAAUUCCUUCUGGCUUUUGAUGACCGAUCUGUUUCGCGUGAAGCCAAGCUAGAACUGUUCAGAGAAGCUGUGGAUGCCUACACGGUCCUGACGGAACAGACUCUUAAUGGACACGGGAUUGACAACCACCUGCUGGGGCUCAAACUGCAGGCCAUCGAGGAGGGUCUCAGCAUCCCCAAAGUCUUCAUGGACACGGCUUACGGCCUGGCGACGCACUGGAAGCUGAGGACGGGGCAGGUUCCUGCAAACACCGACAGCGUGAUGUGUUUCGGGCCCUUGGUUCCCGACGGUUACGCCGUUUGUUACAACCCCCAGGCGGACCACGUCCACUUCUCCAUCACCGCCUUCAACUGCUGCGAGGACACCAACGCAGAGACGUUAUCUCGCACCGUGAAGGAGACUUUGUGUGACUUGCAGGAGCUGCUGGAGCCGACUGUGUAGAGGCGCCGCCAUUCAGCAUUUAACAGGAAAAGGCUGAUUCUAAAACCCUUUUUGGUACAACCUCGGUGCUGUUAUGGGAACCGUUUUAUAUUGUUUUGAUUCUGAAAAAGGCUGAUCUGGUGGCUUUGAAGUGAUUUUGAUGCUAUUUUAAGGUUCUCAUGAAGCAACAAGUCUCAGUCGUUCUGCGUGAUCAGGUUCUGCGAUGGAAGCUGCCGCGUUUUUUCCCAGUAAAGCGUCUGAAAACGCCAAGCGGCUGAAGGCAACCUGACACUCCAGCUUUACUCAGAACCAGCCAAAGCAGAAAACAAACUGUACUCCUCUCAGUGGUCAGGACAAAACCCGCCAUGUGUGUCCGUCCCGCAAGAACAAAUGAUUUUUACCUCUCCUGUUUUGGAUUUGGCUUUUUGUAGAUUAAAACAAGUGACUGAAAGGACCAAAGACGACGAUUGCGAAUGAGAAUGGUGGGGAAAAAGUCUUGUAUUCACUGCUUUUAUCCAACCACCUCAUGAUGGAGAUGUUGUUUUGGAUGUCCAGAUGUAUGACCUUGUAGUCCUUUCAACCCGCAGGACUGGAUAAUAAAGUCUGAUCACUUGAAGAAAA